AUGGGAGGCAAGAAAGCAGCUGGUGAAAACACCAAGAAGGCCGCCGGAAACGCUCGCAAAGCCGACGCGGCCGCAUCUAAGAAGGCUGCUGAGGACCAGAAGCAUUCCGCCGAGGAGGAUAAGCAAUGGUCCAAGGGAUCUAAGAGCAACGCUAAGAAGGAUGACGCCGAUGCCAAGAAGGCCGAAGCUGCCCGCAAGAAGGCAGAGCGCGAUGCUCUCUUGAAGGAGGAGGAAGCAUCCCAGCCAGCGAAGGCCAAGGGAGCCAACGCUAAGACCGCAGUGAAGAAGAGCCGCGGCCUUGAUCUCGCACAGUUUGAUGACGCUCCUGCCGGCAGCAAGAGGGCAUCUGACCUCAACGCAACCGGUAUUGACAACGCCCUAGACGCCCUGUCUCUGUCCUCCAAGGAUACCUCCAAGAUCGACCGACACCCCGAGCGACGAUUCAAGGCUGCGUAUGCCGCAUUUGAGGCUCGCCGCCUGCCAGAAAUCGAAGAGGAAAACCCUGGUCUGCGUCGCAACCAGCGCAUGGAUCUUUGCCGGAAGGAAUUCGAGAAGAGCGAGGAGAACCCCUUCAACCAGGUUCACGCUGCUGUCAAUGCCUCCAAGGAUGAGAUUGCUCAGCUCAAGGAGAGCGAGCGCAAGAAGGUCGAGGGCAGACUUGGCUCGAAAUAA